UCUCUCGCGGCAAGGUGCGCGCGCGUGGCGUUCGCUCCGUUUCUCUCCGCGCUUCUGACGACUGUCGAGGGAGCGAGAGAAGUGUCGUAAGUCUUCGCGCGCGUCUUCGUCUGCCGAUGUCAUGGCAUGAGAACGCGGUGUCCACGUAAUUCGCCGCCUGUCACACUGCGCGACGAUCCCUUUAUUCUCGGAGAGGCGAGUCGCGAGCGAGCGAGAUUUUCGCCCUGUGUACGCGCACACGUGCGUCUUCCUUUCGGGCGUACGUACACGUGUGUGUAUAUGCGUGUGUGUGUGCGCGAGAGUGCGGGUUCGCCGUUUCAGCUGUUUUUUCCGCGGUCGCAGCUGAUCGCGGAUGGUUCGCGCGCUCGCUGUCAGUGCGACGAUAGUGUCCGAGCGCGCCGCUAACGGAACACGGAGGUGCUGACUCGCGGUUUGUCAAAGAGGUGUGUGUGCGUGUAUGUGCGCGAUUCUCGGCGCGCGUGUGGCGAGGCGCGCGCGCACAUUCGAGGUGCAGUUUGAUGUGGCUCGUGGGCGCUUUUGAGGUUAUUUUCGGUGUCGCUCGCGCGUGUAACUGACCUAUCUACACGCACGGCGCAGGCAAAAGCCGCGAUUCUUUAUUUCGAGUCCGCCGGUACGGACCGACGGGUCGCGUUCCCCGGCCGCUCCUCCGUGCUUCUCGCGCGCGACCGAGGCGAAUCAAAGCCGACAGCCGAGCGCGUUACUCAUCCGGCCUGUCGCCGCGGCGUAACCUAACCUAACCUUAAAGCCCGAGAGGCUCCAAAGACCACUGCUCGAGAUGUGCUACAUCGCGUGAACACGGUGUGCUGUUGUUACCCUCUCUAUCUCUCUCUAUUUGUCUCUCCAGGGAAGACUGUUUAUUUCCACGGGACUGUCUUUACGCUGUUCGCACGUGAUGUCAGUGAAUACCUUGCGGGACAGCCGCGCCGUCUCAUGAUGUUAAAGCUAUCGCUUGUACUUAACGUUGACAGCCAGCCACUGUGACGACACGUCAGUGCCUAUAGAACUCUGUUCUCAGUCUGAUCGCAAUCGGAGCAAGAUGCUGUGCAUAAAGAAACUCUAUCGGGAGGAGCUGCUGCAACUGGCGUUGCUGCUCUCCCUGCUGCGCGUGGAUCCAGAAUACUACCUGGACAUCCGGACCAUCGGCGUAGGUUCUUUGGAUCUCUACAAUGGUUCCGGAUGGCACACAGACACCCACACGAUCGUCCAUCGUCCGAUGUACGUCCACCCAAAGAAUCCAGACUCUAUGCUUUUGAAUUAUCAGAGGGACCUGUUCGAGGAACUGAACUCACUGGGGAGAUACAACAGAAUGAGCUCUGGCUUCAAUGCCAUACACGCUUACCUGCUGAACAUUGAUGAAACUAACAGAGAUGCAGCAGUAGCAGGCCCUAGUGUGCCUGUUCCAAGUCCAGCGAGAAAUGUGACGUCUCCGGAUCAACCAAACUCCACGCAAACUCCAGCAGAACCAGUCAGCGCAGCGGAACUCACUCAAGAGGAUAUGGACCUGAUCGAGGUUCUCUGGAAGCAGGACGUGGAUCUAGGAUUCACGUUAGUGGAGCCGGCGGCGGCACCCACCAAAAAGUCGUCCACGUCGGAGAAAGAAUCGGCGGAUGAGAUCGAGAAGCUGAAGACCUUGGAAGCUAUUAAUGCCACCAAUCAGAAGGAUGACGGCAAAGAACCGGAGACGCAGGAGGACGACCCGUGGGCAGGACUUCCUUACACCGUGGACCUGGAAACCGGCGAAUACAUCCUCAGCUCCGGCGGUCAGAACGGAAGUGGAAGUAGCAUCGGCGAGGACAGCCCACUUCUCAACGAAGCGUCGUUGGGUUUGGACAAUCAUCCGUUGACCGGCUUGACUAAUGAUUCGCUGGUGCUAAACGACACUUUAGGACUCGAGCAUGAUUUUACCUCGGAGCUUCUCGGAGGUAGUCUCUUAGAAAGCGCCGGCGUAGAGGGUCUCCUCAGCAACGAUACGCUGGGCUUGCCCGACGAAUUUAAUCUCGAGGAGGCGCUCCAGCUCGUCGGCCUCGAUGAGGCUCAACCAGAGACUUGCGAGGAGACGAAACCGGAAGUGAAGAAGAAGAAGAAGAAGGAAGAGGAGGAGGAGGAGGAGGAGGAGGGCAACGCCGAGGACUCAGCGAGUGCAGAGGGCGGCGCGGCCAUCACCGCGUCGGAUAACGCCGAGGUCGCGAAGUCAUCCAGCUGCGAGGAUCCCGAGACCGGCGACAUGAUUCACACACCGCAGUUUCAUCAUCCCCAUCAUCCGCACCACCGCUCCUUCCAGGGUCGCAUGCCGUUCAUGCGGGCGAUGAGCAUGGAACAGCGGUGGCAGGAUCUCGCGUCUCUGUUAUCCCUUCCGGGAGCACCGGAUCACUUUACACAUCCGCCGCAUCCGGGAUAUCCAGGACACGGUAUAAGUCACAGUCAUUACGAGGCGCAACGUAACGUACUGCUCCACAAUCCUACCUUAGCACCGCCGGUCGGGGAUCUCAAUUCGACGGGACCUUAUCACAAUGUCGCCGUGGCAACAUCGAUGAAUUUGACAAACAGCAGCGAACCAAUGGGUGCAGAGAGCGGCGCAACAUACAAGUCUGAGCCCAGCGAUAUGAUGUAUUAUCAUACGCCGGCAGCAGAUUCCAUCAACCAAACCACGGACGGAUUCCUAUCGUCUCUACUUAACGACGAGGAUUUACAUCUGAUGGACAUGGCCAUGAAUGAUGGCAUGUAUACCAUGCGCAUGCUGGACAAUGGUAACAACAAUGCAUCGGGGCCUAACAGCGGCGCGACUGCUCUACCGGGUGUGCAAACAGCCGGCGGCACAGCAUCGACGGCUACCGGCGUCACGACUCUACCCGGCGUAGCCGACGAAAGGAUGGACGCUUCGAGUGACAGCGCGGUCAGCAGUAUGGGCAGCGAGCGCGUACCGUCCCUCUCGGACGGCGAAUGGAUGGAAACUGGAUCCAACUCCAGCCAUACCCAGGCUGACUCUCAUUACAGCAUGGAUUACGCGAGCAAAUAUCGCAUGCCGUACGACUGCAGCUACUCGGUAUCCGGGAGGAAUACCGGCGGUUCUCCGCGAUGUCAAACGGAACGGACCGUCGCGCCGGUCGCACAGAAGAAGCAUCAAAUGUUCGCCAAGCGAUAUUUCCAAGAGCAGAACACUUGCUCACCUCUGGGUGCUACCGCACAUCCAAUCACUCCGAUGAAGUACGAAUACGACACCCACACGGUUGGCGCGGGUGCGCCGGGCAACGCGUAUUCCGGACCGAUCGAGGGCGCAGCCGGCCCGCAGCCAGAAAUGAAAUAUAGUUGUAGCGUGGACUUCAGCCGUCAUCAAUCCGGGCGAUCUGCAAUAGAACAUGUUCAUCAUAAUCAUACUUAUCACCUACCCGCCGAAAGUUCGGGAUCUCUCCAGCGUCCUAUUUCGCGCGACAAGAAAGUUCGCAAGAGCGAAGCGGACGAACAUCUGACGAGAGAUGAGAAGAGAGCGAGAGCAUUGAACGUACCAAUCGCGGUCAGUGACAUCAUCAACCUUCCUAUGGACGAGUUUAACGAACGUCUCAGUAAAUACGAUCUUAGCGAGGCCCAAUUAUCCCUAAUACGCGACAUUAGAAGACGCGGCAAGAAUAAGGUCGCCGCGCAGAACUGUCGCAAACGCAAAUUGGAUCAAAUCCUAAGUCUAGCCGACGAAGUAAAGGGGAUGCGAGAUCGCAAGAUGUUGCUCGUGCGCGAUCGUGAUAGCAUGCGCUUGGAGAUACAGCGGGUGAAGGACAAGUUUAGCCAACUGUAUCGUCAUAUUUUCCAGUCCCUACGAGAUCCAGAUGGUAAUCUGUAUCACCCGUACGAGUACAGUCUUCAACAAUCAGUGGAUGGAAACAUUCUGCUGGUUCGUAGAAACCAGUCGAACCCCCAUCAGUCGCGGCAAUCCUCGAUGGAGCCGAAGACUAAGCCCGAUCCUGAGCACAAGGAAUGAAACUGUCGAAGGAUCGUACACCAACAUGAUUGGUUAUCGAAGAACUUAUGUCAUUCUUGGA